AAGAAAGUGACUGGAAGGUAACAUAGCAACAUUACUGCGAUAAGGUCGACCUCCUGCACCUGUUUUUACCCUCUGUGAUUGAGAGGAGGUAGCUUCGGUCCUGAGGUUGUGUCAGCAUGGCAGCCGCAGCAUCGCCGAUGUGGGAUGAGCACCAGGCGUACGAGGAGCUGCUGUACUGGGACAGCCUGAUCCAACAGGGCCACCGCCUCCUCCCGCAUGAUUUUGAUAGGUACGAGGAGCUGCGUUACUGGUAUGACUGUCUCUGCUACGAGGAGGAGCUGAGACAGUAUCACGACUAUAUUGCUGCGAUUGAGGAGAUUGAAGAUAACCGGCAUCAUGAGGAACCUGCAGCCUUCAAGGUGCACACGGGGCCGUAUGACCGCCACGUGAUGGCCAAACAUUCAGAAGUGUAUCCCUCCCCAGAGGAACUGGAGGCAGUGCAGACGAUCGUCUCCCAUGUUGAGUGUGCUCUAAAGACUGUGUCUGACCAGAUGGAUAUUCCGAAAGAUGACAGUGAAAGUGAAAGUACAGAAGCUGCGAGUGGUGAUUCACAAGAGCGUGUCCUGCGUGGGGUUAUGAGGGUGGGCCUGGUCGCCAAAGGACUGCUGCUGAAGGGAGACAAGGACCUGGAACUGGUGCUGCUUUGCUCCAAUAAGCCUACUAUCACCCUGCUUAAUCAAGUGGCUGAAAAGUUAAUCGCCCAGCUAGAGGGUAUCUCAGCUGGGCAAUACACAGUAAACCAAUGUCCGGGGGAUGCAGCCAUUAUUGUGAAAAGCACCAAGGAAUUGAUCCUGACUCUCACGAUCCACCUUACAUCACCUCUUGUCAGGACAGAGCAAGAGAGCAAAGCUGCAGAAGAAGAAGAAGAAACGCGAACAGUCAUCGAUCCGCCGGACGUUCUGGACAGGCAGAAAUGUCUAACUGCCUUGGCGUCUCUCCGCCACGCCAAGUGGUUCCAGGCCAAAGUCAACAACCUGAAUUCUGCCGUUGUCGUGAUCCGGAUCAUGAGGGACUUGUGUAACCGCGUUCCUACCUGGACGCCACUCUCAGGCUGGCCUCUUGAGCUGCUGGUAGAGAAGGCCAUUGGUACAUCUGAGAGGCCAAUGGGAGCAGGAGAGUCUUUCCGCAGGGUUUUGGAGUGUGUUGCCUCUGGAAUCCUGUUGGAAGAUGGUCCUGGUAUUAAAGAUCCAUGUGAGAAGGAAGCAGUCGAUGCCACUGCAAACCUAACAGUGCAGCAGCGUGAAGACAUCACGCAGAGUGCUCAGCUUGCCUUGAGGUUGUGUGCAUUCGCACAGAUGCAUAAAGUGUUGGGGAGAGAUUUAAAGCCUGUAAAGCCACGUAAAUCACUGGGAAUCAGCGGAAAAGGUGUCUUAGCCCAGAUAGCACCUGCUGGACACUUCAGCCUGCCGGCUAAGAGACCUUACGCAGAGGUGGAGAAAGGAGAGGAGGAGCCCCAACUCAACAGCAAACAGAGGAAGUUUCUCAAGUUCCAGAAGCGCUUUCAGCGGAAAUCAUUGACUGAUGAUUUCAGCAUGAAUGCUGUGAUGCGUCUGAACCAGUAUAGACCUGGCUUAGAGUACCGGCUCACAUCUCAGACUGGUCCAGUCCACGAGCCGGUCUUCACAAUGGCUGUGGAUUUAAAUGGAAAGACCUACGAGGCCACGGGGCCCUCCAAACGAGCUGCCAAGCUUAAUGUAGCCACCAAGGUCCUGCAGGAUCUUGGUCUUCCAACAGGGUCAGAAUCCAAGCCAGAGUCCAGUAUCGACAUUGAGGAAAUCAAGGAAUCAGGAAAAGCUUCUACCCCAGCCUCGAGUACAUCAGAAGAUAUUGGGCAGGGUCCUAUCUUAACCAAAAACGGGAAGAAUCCUGUGAUGGAGCUGAAUGAAAAACGGCGCAGCCUGAAGUAUGAGCUGUCUGCAGAGACAGGUGGCUCGCAUGAAAAGUGUUUUGUCAUGGAGGUGGAGGUUGAUGGGCAGAAGUUCAAAGGGAGGGGCUCUAACAAGAAGGAGGCAAAGGCCUAUGCUGCACUCGCUGCUCUGGAGAAGCUGUUCCCAGAUGAAAGUGGUGUUUCAAUCACCAACAGAAAUACUUCAAAGAAGAAGGUCACCUACACUGACAUGCACAUCCCAGGGUUCGGUACUAUCCGUGGGAUUCCUUCAGACUCUGGAUCGCGUGGUUGGGGUCCCGGCAGGGGUCGAGGCCGGGGCCGAGGCAAACCGUUUCCCCCAGGACCCAGCUAUAAUAAGACAAACUACAGUUAUGAAAGCAGCACUGGCGAAGGAUAUCAUAAACUGUACGGUACCAACACAGGGGAAACCAUAGAUAAAAGCUCAGGCAGCAACAUUGGCUAUGGCACCUUUUACCCCGAGAGCAGCACCGCCUUCUCCUCCCCACCUGUCUCCCUCCCUGACUCCAGCACUACAAAGGGAGGAAGCUACCAGUCGAUGCCUCCUCCUGCCGAUCAGGAGAGUCCCUACAGUUACGGCUAUGGAGAUGAGAAAAAGAAGAUGCUGACCCAAAGUCAGAAUGACAGUCAGGGAGGAGACUACUCUAUGUACAGCACAGCUUACCCCAGCUCAGUGACGGGGGGCCAAGUUUAUAAUAAUUAUGGUUGGGGAAACCAGUCGUCCUGGGGGAACCAGGGGUACGGCACAUCAUACCCGGGCAUCGGAGGACAGAACCAGGGCUCAUACUCUGGAUACAGUAACACUAAUUAUUAGUCAUCGUACCACGUACAGCCUGUCUCGCCUCACUAGACCAUCUUUUGACUCUUCUCCAAGCUCUGGUUGUUCACCCUUGAAGACGAUCCUGGAAUACCACUUCUAAAAAGGAAGGAAAAAUAGCUGGUGUUGUCCUCGAAACUGGAAUUUUGCUGUUUUUGUUGUGUCACUCCGUCACCUUACGUGCUAGUUCUUUGAUAUCUGGUGAAACAAAUGUAGGUGACAGAUGAUUUAUUGAAGUCCCUAUUUUAUUUUAACUGCCACUUUCUUGUGUCCAUUUUGACAUGAAUGUAAAAAAAAAACGGUUUAUCAUUAUGUCUUGUUUUUGAAUUGUGUUUUUAUUGUACUGGUUCUGUAUCAGUAUGCUAUGGUUUGAAUUUAAAGCAGCUUGUAGUUUGGAACUGACUUUAUUAUUUUAUGUGUCACAUGAAAUGCUCUAAACUUUCUUGUAAAAUAAAUGACUUAUUUUGGAGCAA